AUGUCUGAUUACGACAAGUACACCACCCCUUUAUCCGCUAGAUAUGCGUCUAAGGAGAUGUCUCACAUCUUCUCCACUAGAAACAGGUUUUCUACGUGGAGAAAAUUGUGGUUGAACUUAGCCAUUGCGGAACGUGAGCUUGGGCUAGACGUCGUUACUGAGGAGGCAAUCAAAGAGAUGGGUGCUCAUUUGACCAUCACAGAUGAUGAGAUUGCUGCUGCCUCCGCGCAAGAGGCUAUUGUCAGACACGACGUAAUGGCUCAUGUUCACACUUUUGGUGAAACCUGUCCAAGCGCUGCUGGUAUCAUUCACUUGGGGGCCACCUCUUGUUUUGUGACUGAUAAUGCCGACUUGAUAUUUUUGAGAGAUGCGUACGAUUUGGUCAUCCCCAAACUGGUGAACGUAAUUGACAGACUAUCGAAAUUUGCACUACAGUACAAAGAUCUACCGGUUCUAGGGUGGACACACUUUCAACCAGCUCAAUUGACGACUCUGGGUAAGAGAACCACGUUGUGGAUUCAAGAACUUCUAUGGGACUUGAGAAAUUUCGUAAGAGCAAGAAACGACAUUGGUCUACGUGGUGUCAAGGGCACCACUGGUACCCAGGCCUCAUUUCUGGCUUUGUUUCACGGUGACCAUGAUAAAGUGGAGGCGCUAGACAAAAGGGUCACGGAACUGCUGGGGUUCGACACCGUUUACCCUGUAACGGGUCAGACUUACUCGAGGAAAAUUGACAUCGAUGUUUUGGCACCACUUUCCUCCUUUGCUGCUAGUGCUCACAAGAUGGCUACCGAUAUUAGACUGUUGGCCAACUUGAAGGAGGUCGAGGAGCCAUUUGAAAAAUCCCAGAUUGGGUCUUCCGCCAUGGCGUACAAGAGAAACCCAAUGCGUUGUGAACGUGUGUGCUCUCUAGCAAGACACUUGGGCUCGCUAUUUAGUGAUGCUGUACAGACUGCGUCCGUGCAGUGGUUUGAGAGAACUUUAGACGAUUCUGCUAUUAGAAGGAUAUCUCUACCAAGUGCCUUUUUGACUACGGAUAUCCUUUUGACCACACUAUUAAACAUAUCUUCCGGUUUGGUAGUUUAUCCAAAGGUCAUUGAAAGAAGAAUCAAGGGUGAACUACCGUUCAUGGCUACUGAAAACAUUAUCAUGGCCAUGGUAGAAAAAAAUGCAUCUAGACAGGACGUUCACGAGCAGAUCAGAGUACUUUCUCACCAAGCUGCUGCUGUGGUCAAGGAAGAGGGUGGUGAUAACGACUUGAUCGAGCGGAUCAAGAAGGACGAUUUCUUCAAGCCAAUCUGGAAUGAAUUGGACGAGCUAUUGGAUCCUUCCACUUUUGUCGGUAGGGCACCACAACAGACCGAGAAGUUUGUCAACAACGACGUAAAACAGGCACUAGAGCCUCACAAACAGUAUAUCAAUGACGAGAAAGUGCAAUUGAAUGUGUAG